AUGGACGUAAGGCACAAUUGGUCGACCGUCAAGCUAAGUUUUAGUCAUGAGUCUUUGGCAUCACAAUUGAUGGAACGAGCGGACUCGGAGUCACUGAGAAUUCGGCGCGGCGAAAACACUGUUGCAUUCGGAUUCUCGGAAUUUGGAACUGCUAAAAGGAGACUCGAGCCUGAGGGAGGAGGGAUGCAGAGACGUGGGAUCAAGCCGAAGGGAUGCGAUGGACCGCACCGUGACAAAGAUGCAGCGUGCAUGGCUACUCAUCAGGAUAGGGGGGCUAUCAUAAUAAGAACCUGGUUCUAUGGGUGCCGUCUUAGAGGCCGGGAGACCGGAGGUCCUGUCAAGGCUUCGGUAAUGCGCCAUGCAACCCUCCUGAUCCAUUUUUGGUCGAUCCUUGUCUGUCUUAGUCCAAACUCUUGCGCUACGCAAGGGUUCACGAGAUGAAAAAUGUACCGCAUUGUUCUGCGAGUGUCGCCAAACGUUGCAGGUCUUCUCUAUAAAUGAGUCAAAGUGAGAUUUCGAAGUUCACUGCUAGGCCUUCAAAAGAUGAUAGUCCCAUCUAUCGAAUGCGUAAUCGUCGAUGAAGGUCAUUGGUCCUUUUCAUAUCGUUGAUUAAGGCAGCACCGCGCAAGGUACUUGUGAG